CCCCCCCCCCCUAUCGAUCCGUUACUUCAACAAGCCUCAAUUACUAUCUCGAGGACACUCGCCAUAGCCAACCCCUCAAACAGUGUCACUUUACACCCAUACCACCAUGUCGAACCCGUUGGACACCGAUGCCGGCUCCGAGCUGUUCAGCAGCUACGAGACCGAGUUGAAGCUGGUUCAGGCCGACCUCAACCAGAAGCUAGAUCAGAUCUCCGAGUCGAGCGGUGAACAACGGAAGUCUGCCAUCCGGCAAGCGGAAAGAGCACUGGAUGAGGCCACGGAAUUGUUGGAUCAAAUGCGCAUGGAGAAACAGAACAUCCCCUCCUCCGCCCGAUCGAAAAUCAACACCCGGGUCCGCAACUACGCGACAGACAUUGAUGAGGCCAAGCGCAAGCUGCGGUCUCUGUCGGACGACCGCAAAGCCCUCUUCGGCGACCGGUACACGGAUGACCCGCAGGACGAGCAUCUGGAACAGCGCCAGCAACUUCUGUCUGGUACAGAGCGCCUGGAGCGCAGUUCCGCCCGGCUCCAGGAGAGUCAGCGCAUCGCGCUCGAGACGGAGGACAUCGGCCGCAACACGCUGGCGGAUCUGAACCAGCAGCGGGAGACCAUCAUCAAUGCUCGAGGUCGCCUGUUGGAGAGUGAAGGCUAUGUGGAUACCAGUAUCAAGACAUUGAGGGGCAUGGCCCGUAGGAUGGCUACGAAUCGGCUGAUCACCAUUGCAAUCAUUACUGUGUUGAUUCUUUUGAUUUUCGCUGUGAUCUACAGCAAGUUCCACUGAGCGUGGGUUUCCAGCAGGCGUUACCAUGGGAUGACCAUCUUUCUUCCUUUGUAGUACUUUGUUAACGACAUAUACACGUCUGCAUCAGCAGACUCCUCCACGGAAUUUUGUACGAUAGCACUCUUCCAGCUCUAAUCCAAAAUCAUUGUGCCCAGCACUACAUGGAACGCA